GAUUCCGGGUCGGCCUCCGCUUCCGGCAGGGCGGCUGGCGCCGGCCAGGCGCUGCUCCCGGUGCCCCGCCAUGUCCACGCUGUUCCCCUCACUCCUGCCCCGCCUCACCGAGUCCCUCUGGUUCAACCUCGACCGGCCGUGCGUUGACGAGACCGAGCUGCAGCAGCAGGAGCAGCAGCACCAGGCCUGGCUCCAGAGCAUUGCUGAGAAGGACAACAACUUGGUGCCCAUAGGAAAGCCAGCGUCCGAGCACUAUGAUGAGGAGGAGGAGGAGGAUGAUGAAGAUGAUGAAGACAGCGAAGAGGACUCAGAAGAUGAUGAGGACAUGCAGGAUAUGGAUGAGAUGAAUGAUUAUAAUGAGUCUCCUGAUGAUGGGGAGAUCAAUGAGGUGGACAUGGAGGGCACAGAGCAGGAUCAGGACCAGUGGAUGAUCUGAUUCUGCCACAACCACACCAGACCAGAGGCUGGGGGAGAGCCUUUGCCCCCACGGCUCUGGGGGACAGUUCAGUGAAGCUCCUCCUGCCAUGGCUGCUGUGUGGGGCAGGAGAUUCGGAGCGAAGCCCUCCAGGGGAGGGGACACUGCCACCUGGCAUAUUGGAACUCACACAUCUUUUCUAAUAAACUCAGUUUUCAAGAAAACAA